UAAAAGAUGAGUUAAAAACGUUUUCCGAGAUAGCUAAGCAAGUAGAAACGGAAUUGGGAAGUAUUCAAAAGGAAAUCGGAGGAUUAACUAAAACUAUAGAAGAAUUAAACGCUAUUGAAAAAGAAUUAAAAAAUGUCACCACUAAUUUAGCUGGAUUGAAUAAAGUUGGGGAUGAAUUGAAAGAAACAGGCGAAAACAUCAAAGGUAGUUUAGAUGGUUUAGGAGAAUUAAAAGAAAAAAUAGAUGAAUUGACAAAAUUAGAGAUUCCUUUAAUAGAAUUGGAAAAGAGUCUUGUCAAGGGAGGUGAAGGAUUAGAAAAAGAAAUAAAAGAAAAAAUUGGCGGACUUAUUGGCACUAUCAAUGAUUUUAAAAAGAUUAUUUGUCCCCAAUGUUUUGAUUGA